UUUUGCUAAAAGCAGAGGAGGAGAGAGAGAGAGAGAGAGAGAGAGAGAGAGGAAGUAGAGACCAUUCACCUCCUCCUCUCUCUCUCAGAUUCCCUCCACACUGUUCCCUCACACGACUCUCCUCCUCCUCAUCCGCCUCUCCCCCUUCCUCUCCUCUUCUCGUCACCAACCCCGAUCGCGGGCUCCAGCGUAGGAAUUCCCAUGAGGAAGGUGCCGAAGAGCGGCGGCGGCGGCGGCGGGGGCCGGUCGGCGGCGUCGCACCGGGCGCUGAGGGAGCGGGCGAAGGGCCGCGUCGACGAGCUCCAGGGGAUCCUCGCCGCGCUCCAAUCCGCGCGCCGGGACGGCCGCCCCGCCGACGUCGCCGCCCUCGAGGAGCGCGUCCACCGCCUCCUCCGCCGCUGGCGCGCCGAGCUCGACGAGCCCUCCCCCGCCCCCUCCUCCUCCCUCCUCGGGAACAGCGGUGGAUCGUCGGAUCUCUCGUCGUACAUAAGGCGGAUGCUGCAGCUGAACGAGGAGGAGGACGACGCGACGAGCAAAUUCGAUGAGCUGCCGCGCGAGGCCGCUGCUGGGAGUAUGAAGACGGAGCCGUUGGAGGUGGCUGCAGGGGUGGCGGAUGAUGGAGGGGGUGCUCCUCUUCUCGAGGAAUACUUUCUAACUCAUGGGUAUUUAGAGAAUGGACUUUUGGGGGCUGAUGAAUACAAGAACACUCUCUCAGUGGGCAUGCAACAUGCUUUUCUUAGCUGUGAGGAAGGAACUACUGCUGCUGCUACUAAUUUUGACUCUUAUCACUUUAAUCUACACCAACAAAUACCUCACAAUGUUCAUCUUAGUUUUGACUCUGAAUUUAUUCCUGCAAUCUGUCCUCCACCAUCCGCUUUCUUGAGGCCAAAAUGCGCAUUGUGGGAUUGCCCUCGGCCUGCUCAAGGGUCAGAAUGGUACCAAGACUAUUGUAGCAGCUUUCAUGCCACUCUAGCGGUAAAUGAAGGGCCACCGGGAAUGUCCCCCGUCCUACGGCCUGGUGGUAUUGAUUUGAAGGACGGUCCGCUUUUUGCCGCACUCGCUGCAAAGACUCUAGGAAAGAAUGUUGGUAUCCCAGAAUGCGAGGGGGCCGCAACCACAAAGUCACCAUGGAAUGCUCCAGAGCUCUUUGAUCUCUUAGUUCUGAACGGUGAAUCUCUUAGGGAGUGGCUGUUCUUCGAUAAGCCUCGAAGAGCAUUUGAGAGUGGAAACCGCAAGCAAAGAUCGCUGCCUGAUUAUAGUGGGCGGGGCUGGCAUGAAUCUAGGAAGCAAGUAAUGAAGGAAUUCGGAGGAUUGAAGAGGUCCUACUACAUGGACCCUCAACCGCUAAUCCAUUAUGAGUGGCAUCUUUAUGAAUAUGAGAUUAACAAUUGCGAUGCAUGCGCCUUGUAUAGACUUGAGCUGAAGCUCAUUGAUCCAAAAAAAGUCACCAAAGGGAAAAUAAAGAGUGAUUCCUUAAUCGAUCUCCAGCAGCAAAUGGGAAGGCUUAAUUCUACGAAUCUUCCAGAAAAUAAGAGGUCUGUGAAGGUUAGGGCAAAAGUGAGUCAAAGGGAGUCUGAUGAGCUUAGUUAUUCGGUUUUGGAUUUAAUCGAUCAGAAAGAGAAUUCUCAGAAGGUAUGUUCAGCAUUGGAUCAGAAAGUUCCGAUCAAUGAAAACCUUAAUCAUGGGCCGGGUAACCCAUAUGCAUAUUCAGUUGAUAACCUAAAUGCAUUCUAUGGAACAUAAGCUAUUGCACUUUGUUGGCAAGAGAGAAUGUUUCAGCUAAUAAGUUGGGUCACUCACUCUUGGGACAAUUACUGUAGUUGCUGGCCGGUCUCGUCAUUUACUUCUAUUGGGAUUCUGUAUCUAUCAACAGAAAGGGAAAAAAAAAACAGUAAUUGUGCAUCUUCAUCUAUAUUAGGUAUCAAUGGUCUAGGGCUAAUCAAUAAUUGCAGAAGCUUGAAAUGGUUGAAUUCGCAGUAUGCUGUGCUUAUGAAAUUCGCAAAGGCGAAGAAGUCCUGCUUUUGUGGCAUCGCAUCUCUUAUUUUUAUUUAUAGCUUGGAUCAAUGUACAGUGGUCAACUUCAAAGGGUACGGAAAGGUCUUUUAUAGACACACCGACUAAUUCUUACUAUUGCAAUUAGCAAACGGCGGUAUUGGCUAAUGUAAUCUUAAAUAAGCUCUGUUGACAUAUUAAGCUGGAUGCAUAUGCAUUCCAUAACUUGUUUCCGACUGCGUAUAUACAUUGGCUGUGUAUGAGAAAUACGACGUUGCAUUGUUUCUGUUCAUAAAUAUAAAUAUACUGACUCUCAUAGACAUUUGCGUUAA